AUGGAGAAUUCGAGUGAUAACGUGACUGUUGAAGAAGUAAAAUUUAAACCUAAGAAAAAAAGAAAUAUUCGCCAGAGGAUAAAGAUUGAAGAUGAUGAAUCAGAAGACGAAGAACUAAUCUUGGCUCGAUUGGAAGAAGCAAAAGAAAUACAGAAGCUUCGAGAAAGACCGAAUGGUGUUAGUAUUGUUGCUCUAGCUACAGGUCAGAAGGUCACUUUAGAAGAGGAAAUUGUUUGCAAGGAUCCUUAUAAAAUUAAAGCAGGUGGUAUGGUAAACAUGCAGGCUCUUAAGAGUGGGAAAGUAAAACAGGUUGAUGACGCUUACGAUACUGGCAUUGGAACUCAGUUCUCGGCUGAAACCAAUAAACGUGAUGAAGAUGAAGAAAUGAUGAAAUACAUAGAGGAACAAUUAGCCAAAAGAAAAGAGGGCAAAAAUGAUGAUAAAAAGGACUCUGAGAUCAAUGACACAUUAAAAUAUUUAUCACCUGAAGAAGCUGCUUUAUUGUCCCUUCCUGAACAUCUAAGAGUUUCUUCCAUGCAUCGAUCAGAGGAGAUGUUAUCAAAUCAAAUGCUGAGUGGAAUACCUGAAGUUGACUUAGGUAUUGAUGCUAAAAUAAAGAACAUUGAAGCUACAGAAGAAGCAAAAAUGAAACUUUUGUGGGAAAGGCAUAAUAAAAAGGAUGGCCCUUCACAAUUUGUGCCGACAAACAUGGCUGUAAAUUUUGUUCAACACAACAGAUUCAACAUGGAUAGUGAUAAUUCCAAGAAAAGAAAAGUAGAGAAAACUGAAGUACCGAAGACUGAAGCAAAUGUUAUAGAUGAUAGUGUCAACAAAAUUGUUAAGAAGGCUAAAGGGGAAAGGGCGACAGAUGACUAUCAUUAUGAGAGAUUCAAGAAACAAUUUAGAAGAUAU